AUGGAGCUCCUCCACUUCCAGGCGCAGCCACCAGUGUUCCAGCUCGAGGACUACAGCAGCUACUACUACUACUACCAGCAGGAGGCGGCGGCGCAGGCCAAGCCGUCCAAGCCACGGGGCCGGAAGAAGGGCAGCAACAACCACAGCAAGUUCGUCGGCGUCCGGCAGCGCCCGUCAGGCCGGUGGGUGGCGGAGAUCAAGGACACCACGCAGAAGAUCCGCAUGUGGCUCGGCACCUUCGAGACCGCCGAGGCCGCGGCCAAGGCCUACGACGAGGCCGCCCGCCUCCUCCGCGGCAGCGACGCCCGCACCAACUUCGCGCCGCGCAUCUCUCCCGACUGCCCGCUCGCCGUCCGCAUCCGCGGGCUCCUCCACCACAAGAAGAUCAAGAAGGCCAAGGCCGCCGCCGCGAGCUCCUCCGCGGCCGCUGCCGCCGCCGCCAAGCAGCAGGCGUCGAGCUCCCCUGCUCCCACCUCAAGCAAUAUCAAUAGCAAUAGUAAUAGUCAUAGUCAUAGCACGAAUAGUGCUUGUGGUGGUGGCUCCAGCAGCAGCAGCAGCAGCUCCAGCUCCAGCAGCGCGGUCAGCUGCGACGACGCCAUGGCCAUGCAACACGGCGGCAUCGGCGCACUGGACGCCGGCGAGGUGUACCGGCCGGAGUUCGCCACCGCGGGUGCCGAGGAGUUCGAUUCCUGGAUGUUCGACUCGGCGUUCGGCCAGUUCCCGGCGCUGGACAGCUUCGCGGCCGUCGACGGCGCUGUCCCAGCCGCUGGCACCACGGAGGAGUCGGUCGCCGCCGCGACGCAGGGCGCCGAGAUGGCCGAGUUCGAGCGGAUCAAGGUGGAGCGGCGCAUCUCGGCGUCGCUGUACGCUAUGAACGGCCUGCAGGAGUACUUCGACCGGGUGCUCGACGCCUCCGCCUGCGACUCGCUCUGGGAUCUCUCGCCGCUCUGCCAUCAUUAG